AUGAGCGGAAAUCUCAGAGUAUCACAACUGGUGCUGGUAUCCGCGAUUUCGCUUUUGACUGGUGGCUGCAUAGGUGCACUGCUUGCUCUUCCAUCUUCCCCAGCCAAGGGAGCUCAGUCUCCUAGGUACAAGAGUGCUAGUUUGACGCCCACAACCUCAGAAUCUCUCACGGAUGCGGAAGAGGAGGAGGAAGAUGACUACGAUGAUGAAGGAAUUGAAAUCGACUCAACCCCUUUGAACGAAGUUCCCGGGGAGUGUCAGAUGUCGUUGGUGGUGAGGAAAGACCUUGAGAUGACCAAAGGAAAGGCUGCUGCACAAUGUGCACACGCCGCUGUUGCACUAUAUAAGCUCAUUUCGAGUGGACAUGCAUCCCAGAACCUGCCAUUGCUAAUGAGAUGGGAAAAGACGGGCCAGGCCAAAGUUGCUCUGAAGUGUGCUGACCAGGCCGAGAUGGACCUGUUGUUUGCCAAGGCAAUGUCAUUGAAUAUCAACGCUUAUGUUGUUCACGAUGCUGGUAGGACACAGGUGCCUAGUGGAUCAGCUACUGUUUUGGGCCUUGGUCCAGCCCCAAAGGCUGUGCUGAACGAGGUUACUGGUGAUCUGAAACUGUACUAG